AUGGAGCGAAAAGCUACCCUCACGCACGUGUACGUCGGAAAUCUGGCGCCCAACGUAAACGACCAGCUGCUACGCCGCUACCUUUCGAAGGCCGGGACCGUAAUCUCAGCGAAGAUCGCACGAAAUGCAAUGACUGGAGAGUCCUUGUUGUACGGCUCGGCCGUGUUCGCGACCACUCGGGACGUCCAAAAUGUGAUCCGCCGACUGAACGGAAAGGUGUUCCACAACAAGCCGCUGCUGGUGUGCUCGUAUGGGGACUGUUCGAGCGAGCUGCACCACUACCAACGCACUGUCGUAAUCGGCAACAAGGAGCAGUACCUAACGCAUCGCGCCAUUUGCAAGCGGUUCGCACCGUACGGCCGAGUUCUGUUGUGCAUGCAGCCCAAGAUCCGGCACCAUCCGUCCAACGCUGUGGUCGUACUGUUAGAAUCAGCGGAGGUGGCCAGUCUUGUUAUGAAGACCCGCCACGGCUGCUGGUUUGUCAAACCAUACAGAGAACAAAUGAAGCAGGUUCGCUGGGGAAUGGAGACAUCCGAGCUCGAGCCCAAGCGGAAUCCCUCGCAUGGUGCUACCAGCAGUGAAAGAAAAGUACGUGGCGCUCGAUCGGACGAACCGAGGCCAAGUCAGGCUGUUAUACCCAAACUCAACGUCACUACCAGACAACAGGCCGGGCGUUUUGGUCGCAAAGCUUCCAAAGCUCCUUGGAAUAAAGAUGACGAUGCAAUGUUUGAAAACUUUGGAAAUCUGGUUGUCAACGAUGAUGUAUUCCAAUAA